CCCGAGGUCGCAAAGUGGAAAGGAUGGAGGUUUCUCAGCUCCUGAACCGGAGGACCUAGCUAUGCCCAUAUCGAUUGCCGAUGCGGGCUUGUAAGCCUAGGGAGAAAAGAGACCUACAGGCGCCCCACCUAUCUCUGAGUCCUGCCUUAUGGCUGCUCGAGGGGACAGAGCCCAGGAAAGCCCCCUUUCGAGUUGGGGCCCAGGCGGGUCGUGCAAACUCCACCGCUGAAGUUGGGACGCGGGCGGGGCGUAUUCGAGACGCUCCUCCUUCCCUCUCCCCUUUCCGCCCCAUGCUGGCCCCUGGCCACGUCUGGCUGCCUGGAUCCUUUCAUCGCGAGAACUCGCCGGGCCGUCGGUAGGUGUAGGCUAGCCUGGCGCAGCAGAGGGCCCCCUGCACGUGAUGCAGUGGCGCAACGCCCGUUGGCGGUUCUCUGGCGUCCUCUUAUUGGUCGGAAGAGUCCUCGCCCCACCCCCUCGGUCGGCCAAUGGGCGGAGGCGGGGGCGUGCCGGUGAAGCGGGCGGCGGCGGCGGCGCGGGGUUCCCUCCUCGUGCCCGGCGUUGAGUCCCCGCUGCCGCCGCGACCGCCACCGCCGCCACCGCGGUCGACCGUGCCCGACUGGCCUCGGGGUGCGCCCUGCACGGCUCCUGCUGGCGUCCCUGAGCAUGGGAGGCUGCUGCGCUUGAGCGGCGGUGUCUGGCUGGAGCUGCGCGUCUUUCUCCGUGGCAGGGAGGGCAUCCAUGGCUGCAGCCAACAAGGGCAACAAGCCCAGAGUCCGGAGUAUCCGCUUUGCGGGAGGCCAUGAUGCAGAAGGUUCCCAGAGCCAUGUACACUUUGAUGAGAAGCUGCAUGACUCCGUGGUCAUGGUCACCCAGGAGAGCGACAGCAGCUUUCUAGUCAAGGUUGGCUUCCUGAAGAUCUUGCACAGGUAUGAGAUUACCUUCACUCUGCCCCCGGUGCACAGGCUGAGCAAGGACGUCCGAGAAGCACCUGUCCCUAGCCUACACCUCAAGCUCCUCAGCGUCAUGCCCAUCCCAGAAGGUUACAGCGUCAAGUGUGAAUACUCGGCACACAAGGAGGGAGUCCUCAAGGAGGAGAUGCUGCUAGCCUGUGAAGGUGGCACCGGCACCUGUGUGCGAGUGACAGUGCAAGCGCGAGUAAUGGACCGACACCAUGGCACACCCAUGCUGCUUGAUGGGGUCAAGUGCGUGGGUGCCGAGCUAGAAUACGACUCAGAGCACAGCGACUGGCACGGCUUUGACUGAGGCCCACGGCCCUGCGCGCCUCAGAGCCCCACAGCCUUAAACCCCACCUCAUCUCCCCGAACGCUGUAUCAUGGUGUGGCUUCCUCACCCCUCCCCGGGGUGGGUGUGGGGUGUCCAGGGGCCUCUCACCUCUGCCUUCAUUGUGCCACCUCCCUGCCUCUCGUGUGUCCUCCUCUCCCACUUCCUCCUCUCUGUGUGCCUCAGUCUCCUGCCGGAAGAAAUGGGUUGAGCCCCCAAGGAGGCUAUCUGAGGAGGGGAGGGGGGGCCUGGGGUGGGUUCUACCCACCCCCCACCCCAAGUCACAGGGGCUUCAGCCAGGGCUUGGGAGAGGAGGGAACUGGCUCUGUGACGUCGUCGUCACUCCCAUUACUGCUGCUGCUGUCUGGCUUUUGCCCUCCCCUGCCCCCUCCCUCUUUCCUACUGCUGUCCACACUGAGUAGAAGAGAGGUGCAGUCCCCAAGCCCUAACCCCCAGAUCUGUGUUACUUGGUUUUUAAAGGACUGGUUGGGAUAAAACCCUAAAGAAAUAAAAGUUUCAGUGGACAUCA